AUGAGAAACAUUAUUCUAAGUGAUGAAGCAGGUAAAGCACUAGGUGUGUCAAGAGCUGCAGGAGAAAAAUCUCAGCUCGACCUAAAAUGGAAUAAAGAAAAUUCAAUGGUCAAAGAGAUAAUUUGUAUCGUUGUAAAGAUAUCCAAAGAACUGUGGGUAAAAUCGAAAUAG